GUGAUAACACUGACAUUUUCGUCAGUGUGUUUGGCGUCAAAGCAUAUUGUUUUGUUCCCCGAUGAUGAAAGCAAUUUGCAAGUGGCACAUGGAAAAAUAUCUGCCGAAAAGAGCCUCAACCUUAACUUCUAUGAAGAUUGUAUUGAUAGAGAUUUGGGCGUGUGUACACCAAAAACAAAAGGCAACGAAAACUAUUUGCGUUACUUUUCAAAAUCAGAGAAGCCAGAAUGUCAGAAUUACGAGCAAGUAGCUCAAUCGUUGAACGAUGUCUUGCAAUUUUGUGUCGAUAUGGAGGGAAGUUCUUGGUAUGGAGGCGCCGAAGUGACUUUUCAACAUUGGCCACUAAACAAUAUUAACUGGACGAAUAAUCCAUACGUAACCAAAUCAUCGGGCGACCAAGCCGUCAUCGAGUCUUAUUUCUUCAACUCUGACGGAUAUUAUAUCUAUAUCGACGAGUCGGUUCCUCUAUUUGUAGAUAUAAACGGUCCGCGACCGGGUCAGAUGUGCUUUACAUCCAAAGUCGAAGCUCCGUAUAGAAAAACCAGAAAUGUGAUGCUGUACCGAAUUUGCAAGUACAAAAACGCUCGAGUAGCACACGAAAGAGCCAUUAAAGAUUUCCUCGGCAUGCCUUCGAAAAUUCCUGAUCCGUACGUCGUAAAGUAUCCGAUUUGGUCUACAUGGGCGAGGUACAAAGUCAACGUCAACACGUCGUCUGUCCGAGAAUUUGCUCAAGAAAUCGUCGACCACGGAUUCCCCAGAGGUACAAUGGAAAUCGAUGACAACUGGGAAACUUGCUACGGUAGUGCAGAAUUUAAUAUGUCGAGAUUUGCGAACAUAUCGGGACUCGUCAAAGACUUGAAAUCAAUAGGUUUCAAGACGUCUUUGUGGACACAUCCGUUCAUAAAUUUGGAAUGUCCUACUCACGAGACGGUCAAACAGAAGGGAUACUUUGUGAAAAGUACAUCAGGCACAGUGAAUUCCACGUGGUGGAAUGGCAAUGGCUCUUACAUAGACUUCACAAAUCCCGAAGCAGCAACUUGGUGGUCUAAUGGUCUACGUGAUUUACUUGCAAAAUCUGGUAUCGACACAUUCAAGUUUGAUGCAGGAGAAACCAGUUGGAGCCCACAACUUCCAGAAUAUUACGAUAACGAUCUGACCUACUACCCCGAUAACAUCGUAAACGCAUAUCUCAAAACGCUUGUGCCUUUUGGUAACGGUAUUGAGUACAGAGUAUCAAGGAGAAGUCAAGAAUUCGGUGGUCUCUUACGGAUGAUCGACCGUGAGUCUCGCUGGGAUUACAGACUCGGACUACCCACAUUGAUAACAGCUCUGAUACAAAUGAAUAUGAUCGGAUAUCCGUUUGUAUUGCCCGACAUGAUCGGCGGAAACGGUUACUACAAUGCACCGCCUUCCAAAGAGAUGUACAUCAGAUGGAUGCAAGCAAACGUAUUCAUGCCGGUCGUACAAUUUUCGUACACGCCUUGGGAUUUUGACCAACAGACGGUAGAUGUAUGCAGGAAUUUAAUGAAUCUCCGCGCUAAGUAUACAGACACCAUUAUCGAGCUGAUGAGAAGUAGUGUAGGUAAGGGUAGUCCACUGAAUCCUCCAGUCUGGUGGAUCGACCCCACAGAUCCCGUUGCACAAACAAUUGCCGACGAAUAUCUUUUGGGCGAAAAUAUUCUUGUCGCUCCAGUGAUUGUCCAAGGCGCUACAUCCCGAGAUGUCUACUUGCCUUCUGGGAUAUGGAGGGAUGAGAACCAUCCAAAUUCACAUCUGAUCACCGGUAGAAAGUGGUUGCGUAAUUACCCUGCCAAGCUCGAUGUUCUUCCGUGGUUUACCAGAGUUAAAGCGUUUCACCAUAUUUUCCAAUGAAUAGGUAUACAUACAAUAGGUAUACAGCCAUGUUACUUUUGAAUACAAUUUUAUAAAUUUUAUUUUCUGAAUGUACAAACAACAAUUA